CCGGACUGAGGAAAGCAACCAAAACAGGAAAACAAUCAGCCAAGGCUUAUCGGAUUCUCGUCAAACCCACCGUCACCUUCAGCGAAGAUGUCGCUUUUCCCUCAUACAAUCCCCAUAAGAACCACGCCAUUAGCCGCCCCCGAUGGUUUAGGGAGAGGUCUUUUCGCGACGACCAACGUCGCCGCUGGAGCAGACGUCUUACAUGUCUCUACGCCGUUCGUGGCAGUUUUAGACACCCAUCAGCUGGGGCAAAUAUGCUCUGGCUGCUUCGGAAGAAGACAGCUCGAUGAUGAAGACCGACGAUUGAGAGGCUGCACCGGAUGCCAGGUCGUGAAGUACUGCGACAAGAUAUGUCAAGCCAAAGACUGGAAGUUCGCCCAUUCGCUCGAAUGCUCCAUCUUCCAGAAGCUCAGUCCUCGGAUCCUCCCGAUCAACGCCCGAGCGAUCCUCCGCAUGGUGUUGCGCACAGGUCGACAGAAGUACACCUCCAAGGAUGUAGACAUGUUUCUCCAAUUAGAGACGCAUAUCAAAGAUAUACGGGAGGAGAAUCCCGUUCAGUGGGAGCGGAUCUCCAUGUCCUCCAAGGCAGUCAAGGCCUACUCUGAGACGGAGAUGAAAGAAGAAACGAUCUCUGCAUAUGGUGCCAAGCUCGAGCUGAAUGCCUUCAACCUCACCAAUGCAAUGUACGACCGCGUAGGACUCUACCUCCACCCCUACGCAGCCCUCAUGAACCACAGCUGCGACUACAACGCCGUCGUGGGAUUCGACGGCGACGAGCUGUUCGUCAAAGCCAUCCGGCCCAUCGCCGAGGGUGAACAGAUCUUCAUCUCUUACGUCGACACCACUAACCCGCGAUGGCUGCGGCAGAAGGAGCUCCAAGAACGGUACUACUUCCGCUGUCGGUGCACGAAAUGCGAGACGGAGGAGAAGGAAGGGAAGGAGGGGCAGGGGGAGGCAGCAACAGCAACAGCAGCAGCAGUAGCAGCAGUAGAAGCAACUGAGGCCAAUGCCUACGCCCUCCUCUCCCGCAGUCCAGACUCCACCGAUCCUCACUCCCUCGCAGCCGAAAUUUCCCUCCUGCUGGGCGGCCUACCAGAAACACAAAUUACGAGGCAACCCUACGUCUCUCUCCGCGACGAACUGAUCGCUACCCUGCUCACCCUCCAAAGAUACAAAGCGGCCUUCGCGCACGCCGCGGUGCGGUAUCUCCGCAUCGACCCCGUCGUGUAUCCGCAGGAGAUCCAUCCGAUCCGUCAGGUUCAUGCCUGGGCGCUGGCCAAGUUGGCGGUGCUGCUGUCGCAGGGGAUUGAGGUGGCGCAUGGGGGAGAGGAUGAGCUGGAGCUGGAGCGGUACGAGGUGAAUUUUAGUUUGAUCCUCUGGGAGGUGUUGCAGAGGUUGGUCAGUCUAGAGGAUAAGAGUUGUAAUGUCCCGGCUUUUCAGAGGUUGGUGAAGGCCCUUUUCGGGCAAGUAACCACGGAAUUUGUGGCAGGGGGGUUGGAUCCGAGGCGGAUGGAGAGAGAAAUCAACGGGGAGUGGGGCAAGGUUGGUAAAUUGGUGGAGUGGACGGUUGAUGCGAGGAGGAUUGAGUAGGCUGGGGAAACGGGAGGAUAAGAGGGUCGAGUAUU